UAUACUUCAUUUUCUUUGGCCCUUAAAGUUGUUCCGGGAGGUUUCAGUUUAGCGGCAGUAUCUGAUAGUAUAUCCAACAAGAAUAUACGAUUACGGAGAUUACGGACGUCCGAAAGUAUGAAGGUGAAAACUACCAAAGUUUCAACUCUCAAAAAAUUAUGUUUGGAGACUUUGUAUAAGAAUCGUCAUGAAAUAUCUAAAAUAGGUAUAACUCCUUAUUGGCUUCUAAAACCUCUCUUUGAAAAAUUUACCUCAGAUGAACUAGAAAGGUUAGAAAAGUUUAACCCGACGCAGAGGAAUGAGCAGACUGAACGGUUAAAGAGGGCCCAAGAAAAGUUGAGACAAUCAACUGCAGAAUUAAAAAAUGCAAAAGAAAGGAGGAAGGUCAAAAUUUUGAAUCUUAAUCCUCCUCCCACCAGAAAAACCCAUGGAUGGACUAAAUUGACACCCCUUCAGAGAGAGUUCAAAAAAACACUUCUUACAAAUUCUCUUCAGGUUAAAACUGGCCCUACAAUGAUGACAGUCCCAGUUGGUUGGUUACCACCAGAUUGCAAGAAACCUACCAAUUUAACAAAUGGAAUUUGCCCGCAAGCCCUUUUACCUGUUAAAUAUCUUCCAAAAAGUUCAAAUGAAAAUUAUGGACUUUAUUCUAAUCAAAGUAUUUCCAAAUCGAAAACCCCUUCUAUUCGUAAUAAUACUAAGCCAAUACAUUCUAUAUCCGUAUCAACAUCUUUAUCCCAUGCUCAAAGUCAAACUAAACGAGGGAAGUCAGCUGUUUCUUCAUCCACAGCAGUUAAUCGUACUAUUACUUCAAAUCUCAAGAGAUCCCGUGAAAUUGAAACACCCACACAUACUUCAAAAAAACUUCGUUGUAGUAAUGGUCAAUCCAUUUUAAAUUCACAAAGGAUGACUACUCCUCAAACGACAUCAACAAUCACUCAUAAAAUUAAUACAGUAACUACUCGCAAAGUUAAUUCAAUAUUACCAACUUUUCGUAAAGUCAACAAUGUAUCAGUAACUUCUCGUAAAGUCAACAUUCCAUCAUCCUCAUCAUCCAAUACCUUUGCAUCAAAAAUUACGAAAGAAUCUCAUAUUUCAAAGAUUGCUCGAACAUCUUCAACUGAUACCAAAUCUAAAUUCAUUAAAUCUAAUAAAACCAAUAACACAGUUAAAUCUAAAUUAAUCAAGUCAAGAAAUCAACUUCAUCAUUAA